AAUGAAAAUUUGCUUGAGAAGGCUGGUAACAAGUUUACACGAAAGCGAGGUCGGUCGGGCCACUGUGUGUUUCUUCGGAUACUUUUACCUGGCAAGUAACACAUAAUGAGCUCGGUUUCAAACAAUUUAAAGCUCUCAGAAGCAGAUAUUCCUGGUUCAUCAUUAAGUGGGAGAGCUCCAGCUAAUUUAAAAGUUCAAGACUUAAAAUUCUGGCUAAAAUGCAGAGGAGAUCCCGCCAAAGGUCUAAAGACGAAAGCCCAACUUGUUAAAAGGGUGGAAGAGUAUAUCAAGACUGGAAAAGACAAAAAUGUAGUCGAUCCAGACGAAAAUAAAUUAUAUACGAAGCGUAAACAGCGACGAGAACAGGGGAAUGCCAUCCAGACACAACCUAAGAGCAGUCCUGCUGCAGUCAAGUUUCCAGCGGAUGGUUGGUCAUCCAGCUUACAGAAAAUGCCAGCUUUUAACAGGGCAGAGUUGGAUGCGCAUAUAUCAAAAACCGAUGGAGAGGGCUGUUCUGCCGCCGGCAUCGGGUUCCGUAAUGAUCGUCAUGUCGACUUAAACCUCGUCGUCGACGUCAAAACUCUCGUUUGA